UCUUCACACAGAGAAAAAAAAGAGAGAAUUUUCAAAUUUUUCUUAAUGAAAUGGAGGCAUUGAAGAUGAAGGUUUUCUUCGCUUUGGUGGUGGCCAUGUUGAUGAUGGCAGCAUCAAGUGUUUCAGCUGCGGAGUCACCAGCUCCAAGUCCCACAUCGGACGCUACCUCUCUGUUUGUCCCAACAGCGCUUGCUUCACUUGUUGCUCUUGCAUUUGGGCUUCUCUUCUGA